CACAUUCAGAGCAGGAAUCAAAACAAGAGACGGACACGCCUCUUUGGUAUGUUACCUUUGCUGUCAUAACUGCAGAAAUCGAUGGUGUUAUACUGUAGCUGUGAAAAACUGUAGACCUGCCAUCAAGAAGACGUCAGUAUCAUUGCAUACCUCAAUCAAAACAAAUGGAAUCCGCUGAGAUGUCAUUCCACAACAGCCGUUGAUAGGGGAUUUUAUUGAUACGUGGAUCUCAGUAAAAUGCCCAACCAGAAAAGCAACAAGGGGAAAAGGAGCAAACGCACCAACAGUAGUGGAGACGAACAAGAAAAUGGAGCCAGUGCAGCCGCAACAGGAGGAGCGCCAGGGCUAACGACAGCAUUACUAGGGGCUACAGCUGCACCGAUAAACGAACACACAAGUGAGGCCCCAUGUGCGACCCCCCUGGUGUGCAGUUUGGGCCGGCCCAUCCACCUGGACAAGGAUGACUACCAGCGCGUGCUGUGCAACAGCGAACUCUGUCCCUAUGGCAACUGGAUGCACCUGCAGUGCUUUUACGAGUGGGAGAGCAGCAUCUUGGUCCAGUUCAACUGCAUCGGCCGCGCCCGCUCCUGGAAUGAGAAGCAGUGCCGUCAGAACAUGUGGACCAAGAAGGGCUACGACCUGGCCUUCAGGUUCUGCUCCUGCCGCUGUGGCCAGGGUCACCUGAAGAAGGACACGGAUUGGUACCAGGUCAGACGCACGCAGGACGACCGCAAAAAGAAGCCGGAGAAGAGCCUGGGCAAGGCCGGGGCGGUUGGGCUGGCCGGGGCUGUGGGGGGGCUAGAGCCGCUGGACGACCCCAAGAAGGGUAGGCUCCCUGGGGGAGCUGCAGGAGGAGGGAAGCUGGCCCAGCGGGCCUCCAGCCAGGAACUACCACACAGACAGUCCUUGGAGCACCAGAGCUCGCUGGAGAGGGGCCUGUUCUCCAGCAGCGUUCUGGGCCCUCGGUCACCCUGCGACUCCCCGGGACAGUCCCCUCCCUCGGGCUUCUCCUUCUUCUCUCCCCCCGCGGCCUUCACCGGCCCCCGGGGGUCCCGCCACCUUGGGGAGUUCCUGAAGACAGCCGUUCACAUGGAGUCCCACCGGAAGCACUUAUUGGCUAGCGGAGUCCUGGGGCGGGGCGGGAUGGGAGGGGCUCACCUGGACCCAGGCGUGGUCCUCCCCUUGCCACUCCCCCUGCCCCGCUUCACCCCCGGCGGGAUGGGGGGGGAGGCACAGGUGCAGUUCCUGAGGAGGCUGGACCUGACAGAGCUGCUGACUCACGUCCCCCGCCACAAGCUCAACACCUACCACGUCCGCAUGGAGGACGACGCCCACACUGGCCAAGGGGAGGAGCUACGCAGGUUCAUCCUGUCAGCCCUAAGCGCCAGCCACAGGAACAUGGUGAACUGUGCCCUGUGUCACCGGACGCUGCCCGUAUUCGAGCAAUUCCCCCUGGUGGACGGAACGCUGUUCCUCAGCCCCUCCAGACACAACGAGAUUGAGUACGACGUGCCCUGUCACCUGCAAGGGAGACUGAUGCAUCUGUAUGCCAUCUGCGUGGAUUGUUUGGAGGGGGUCCAUAAGAUCGUGUGCAUCAAGUGCAAGUCCAGGUGGGACGGGAGCUGGCACCAGCUGGGCACCAUGUAUACCUACGAUAUCCUGGCGGCGUCGCCGUGCUGUCAGGCCCGACUGAACUGUAAGCACUGUGGGAAACCAGUGGUGGAUGUCCGCAUAGGGAUGCAGUAUUUCUCUGAGUACAGCAACGUUCAGCAGUGCCCCCACUGCGGAAACCUGGACUACCACUUCGUCAAGCCAUUCUCCUCCUUCAAAGUCCUGGAGGCCUAUUGACACAUGUUGUGUAUGCAUGUUAGUGACAUUAGUUUGUUCUUCUUAGUUUAAAAAAAAAUAUAUAUAAAUAUCUAAGAGUUAUUUUCCGGGCCUUACAAACACUACGAGCUAUAGCCUUCAGCAUUUUCUUUUUGUAUGUUUUAGAAAAGAGUAUGGUUCUGUUCUCUACCAUUUCUGACAAUGUCACUGGUAGAUCUGAACACAAGCACUUAAAAAUACAAGCUACACAUCAUACUGUGACAAGUGAAUGUAUCUGUAUGCCAAAUUUGCUUUUUUUACUCAAAGUAUGAAAUUAAUCUCUCAAUAAAGGAGAGAAAGUUA